UCUCGCUCCUCCGAGGUCGGGAAUCCCCGCGCGGGGGGGGCUCCUCUCGCCUCCUGCGGCCAUGGAGCGGCUGACCUUGCCUUCCGGCGGCGCCGCGGCCGUGGACGAGUACCUGGAGUACCGGAGAAUUGUCGGUGAGGACGAUGGUGGGAAACUUUUUACUCCUGAAGAAUAUGAAGAAUACAAAAAAAAAGUAUUACCUAUGCGCUUACAGAACAGAUUAUUUGUGAGUUGGCGAUCACCAGCUGGAAUGGAUUGUAAGCUUGUGGGUCCAGAGACACUGUGUUUUUGUACACAUAGGUAUAAACAACAUAAAACUGACUUUGAAACGAUUCCGCAGCAGCGCCCCAUUAGUCUCCCUUGCCAAGUGAGCGGCUGCCCAUGCAGGGCUUACCUUUACAUCCCUCUGAACGGCGCGCGGCCCGUUCGCUGCAGGUGCAAGCACUUUGCCAAUCAGCACAGCGCUGCGCCCGGUUUCCUAUGCAAUGCCUGUUCCCAGUGUUCAGGAUUCCAUAGUUGCUUCACUUGUGCUUGUGGUCAGCCUGCAUAUGCUCAUGACACAGUCGUGGAAACUAAGCAAGAGAGACUGGCUCAGGGAAAGCCCGUGGGACAGGAUGUUCCCUGUGCAGCAAUGGGAGGCUUAACAGGCUUCAGCUCACUGGCGGAAGGCUACAUGCGAUUAGAUGACAGUGGGAUUGGUGCACCUUCAGUUGAAUUUUUAGACUCUCCAGUUACAGCCAUGGACCACCCAUUUCUAAAAGCAUUUCAGGCAUCAUCUAGUUCUUCUCCAGAAACACUGACAGAUGUAGGUACAAGUAGUCAAGUUUCUUCCUUAAAGAGACCUGAAGAGGAUGAUAUGGCUUUCUUUGAAAGACGAUACCAAGAAAGGAUAAAAAUGGAAAAGGCUGCUAAGCAGAAAGGAAAAGCACCAUUGCCAUCAAGUACAAAACCUUCAUGAAGACUACUGGGAAAAUUAAAACCAUCAUUCAAAUAGGUCUUGUUUGUGUUUAUUUAAAUAUAAUAAUACAGUUUAUUUUCUCUCAAAUUAUUUACUUCUUUUACUAAGUAAAAAUGUCAUUUUGGUUGUUUCCUUAACUUAUUUAAACAAGUGAAAAUACUUUAUAUUACUUUUUUCAAAAUUCAUGAUUUAAUAUUUUGUAUAUACUUUUUAUCUCUCCUAACAAAUGAGGUUAUUUUCAUAUUAGUCAAAACCUGAAAAUACAGUAACUGUUUUCAGUCUGUCACAAUUUAACUUUUUGAGGCUAUUUAAAAAAAUUAAGUAUGUUAUUUUGGGUUUUGAACAAAUAUAUACGA